GUUUUGAAUCCUCUCUAUUCAUUUUUUUCAGUUGCUAGUUUACUGGUUCAUACAAACUUUCAACUAUUAGUAUUCGGAGAGUUAUGGAUCAUGUUACUAAUAACCCUGAACCUAAAAGAACUGGAGCAUUUAGCAGGACAAGCAGCUUUGGCUCUUCAUUAAGGAAGCGAUCUAUUAGUAUGUCAAGUGUCGUGUCCUUACAUAUCGAUGAUGAAAUCCAAAGCGAGUCCGUUUCGGAGGCUGGGGAUAUUGGUGAUCGGGCCCUUCACAGCCAAAGGAACAGUAGUUGCCGCUUAUCUCUUGAUCUUGGAAUGGAAGGUGGGCCUCCUAUUCAUCCAGCGGAUUUGCAUAAAGUCUCUGUUGCGUCACCUGUGCGAGAGGAUGUCAUAUUUCCCCUUCCAAUUGAUUCACUGAAGGGCCCUGGAGAUAACAAACAAGAAAAACAAGGACUACCGAUCUUAAUGGAAUAUGUAUCAUGCCUUAUCCAUUUGGCUGUUUUUGGAAUUCUUGGGGUUUUAACAAGAUAUUUGCUUGAAAAACUUUUCGGACCGAGUGUUUCAGGUGUGACCAGCAAUCAGAGCAUUAUAUACCCCAACCUUCCUUCUAAUAUGGUUGGCUCUUUCUUGAUGGGGUGGUGGGGUGUUGUUUUCAAAGGCGACAUAUCUCAACUAUCGGAUAUUUUGGCAAUCGGAUUGACUACAGGAUUUUUGGGAAGUGUCACGACAUUCAGUGGUUGGAAUCAAAAAAUGCUUGAUCUCAGUGUAAAUGGCAAUUGGGUGCAAGCUAUACUUGGGUUUCUUGUAGGGUUGUUUCUUGCAGCUUAUUCCAUAAUUUUCGGGAUCGAGACAGCCAAGGGUUUCCGGUGGAUUCUCAAAAGGCUGAAUACUAGCACGAAUAAGGAAGAACCUAUCAUUUACCGUAAAUGGAGGCUGAACAGCUUCAGACGUCAUUUGGCUGCAAUGGUGGUGUUAUUGUUAGUUCUAGGCGUUUUAUUGAGUGUAAGUGGAUCGCUGCUCAAGAAGGAAUUUGGCAGUGGUAGCAGUGGUGCUCAGCUGUGGCUGGCUUGCUUAGUUGCUUCUUUUGGAGUGUGGAUCAGGUGGUUCUUAGCUCGAUUUAACGGACACGGGUUAGGGAAGUCUGGGAUUCUGAGAUGGUUUCCAUUCGGGACAUUCAGCGCUAAUGUUUCAGCUGCUGCUAUAAUGGCUGGGCUCUCGACGUUGGAAAAAUCGGUAAAUAACACGAACUUCGGAACUGUUGCAAUGGGGAUACAGUUGGGAUUUCUGGGCUGUCUGAGUACAGUUUCGACUUUCAUCGCCGAGUUCAACGCAAUGAGAGAAAGCAAGCACCCUUGGAGAGCUUACGUUUAUGCUUUAACUACAAUGGGGGUUUCGUUCAUUUUUGGAAUUCUGAUAUACAAUAUACCUGUUUGGGCAAAAGGAUUUACAUAGAACAAGGUAUAUACAUCGGUUUUCUUUGUUUAUAAUAUGCCAACACAAUUCCAUAAAUACAUACAAUACAC